AUCACAGACUGAAGAAUCUCACACGAGUUUUGCAAAGACAAGAGACAGCAAUGUUCUUUCUUGCUUUAACUGGUUUCCUGCUUUAUGGCUCCUUCUACACUGCCCACAGUGCCAUAUUGAAUAAGAGUCUCACAGAGGGGAAUAACACGUUUCUCUACUGUGAAAAUGAUGGUAAAGUGAUUUGGGAUAAAGGUGUUGAUGAAGGGAGAAGCUCCAUCCUCACUGCUGAACAUGGAGGUGUCACUGUUAAACACAGACCUGAUCCAGAUCACAGAUACAGUGUGUUAAGUGAUUUAUCACUGCUGAUAAAGAGAGUGUCUCUCUCAGACUCGGGGAUUUACUUCUGUAACACUGUUCCUGUGGUCAAUCUGACGGUCACUCCGUUACAUAUCAAGUCAGGAGGAGGAAGGGAGGGAAGGAAAAAAAGAAGAAAGGAAGGAAAGAAGGAAGCCAAGACAGAUGAAGAUUCAGGUGAAAAAGGUAGCGCAUCAAAGUCAGAGGAAGAUUCAACAGAAAACAUCUCUGAUACCAGUGAUGACGACGAUGACGAUGAUGAAGAUUGGUGGAUAGCUGUUGCUGGUGUAAUCGGAGUGAGCUGCAUGGUGGUGGUGCUGUUGGUUCGGUGGAGAUUUUUCACUAAAAGGAAAACAGGUCAACAAAAACCGGCUCAUGUGUAUGACUCUAUAAACAACCUUCCAGCAGCUGAACAACCUGCAGGAUUCAGUGUUACACAGAACCAGGCACACAUCUACACUUCCAUCACAGAUCUCCCAGAAGCCUCACAAGAUGGUGAACAGCAAAGAGAGAGUGAGACCGUGUAUUUCCUGGCACAAAACCCAGCGUCCAACACCACAGGUGAUCAGCAGAGAGAGAACGAGUGUGUGUAUUUCCUGGCAGGCGCUCCAGCGUCCAUCACUACAGAUCAGGACCAAGUUCAGCCUGUCUACACCAAGAUCCAGAAGCCAGUAAAAAACACCUGAAGUUUGUCUUUAUAGAUUUAGUAUAUAUAUAUAUAUAUAUAUAUAUAUAAAAUGUAUGUACAGUAUAUAUAAAACUCAUACACUUGCAGUUCUAAUCAUCUCUAUUUCGUUUUGGACCUUACACAUAAUCCCACAUCCAUAUUUAUUUGUAUUACCAAUGCAAGUUUCCACAGACUUUUCGCUUCCUGUUUUUGUGACUUUGUGGAAUUCAAAGAUAUAGUAAUAGACUUAUGACGUCCUUGUUUUUGACUCAUGCUGAAAUAAAGCUUGAACCUCAUUCUCAUACAACAUGUUUCAGCUCAUAUUCUUCUUCUAUUUGUAUUAUUAAAAAUAAAUAAAUUAAACAGUUGAAUGUUUGUCUCAGUCGUAUCAUCUGACUCACCGUGUCUGUGUGUCAGUGGCUCUGUUUCAGAUUUUUAUCAGAAUUCUGUUUCAUAAUAAUAAUAAUAUUUUCAGUCAUUAAUCAUUCAGACAGUGUAACUGCAUCAGAUGCAGAAGAAUUCAGAUUCCUAUGACACACGGCACCAAAU